AUGAAGAGCGAGUUAAUAAAUGAAGCACUUCAGCUGUUACGAGAGGAAAGUAUUAACAAAAUGUUCCGCCCACGGGUGCUUGAUCUGGCAUGUGGAAAAGGUGGAGAUCUCAGGAAAUGGAAAAUAGCUAAUGUGGACAGCGUCGUUAUGGCUGGUGGUUCGAUUGAAUCGGACAAGAGAGGUUACGAUGAGAUGGCUCAACGUGAGCGAAAUGGCUUAUUCCCGGUUGAAUUUCUUCAUGUUGAUUGUUGUAAGGAAAAUCUCAAAGAAAAGAUAACUGGUUCACCAGAAUUCGAUUGUCAGAUGCCAAUUCGCACGCAUUACUCGUUCUUAUCGAUGAGUAAUCAGCUCGUAUCUUUCUACGUAAUGCGACAGAAACCUUACGACGACCAGGUCUCCUGA